CUACCUCGCCGCUAGAAAAGACAGGGAGAAAUGGCUGAUGCUAUAGCUGAUACAAGAAGGCUCUACACUAAGCCACAAAACUUAAAUGACGCCUAUGGACCUCCAAGUAAUUUUCUAGAAAUCGACGUGAGCAACCCUGAGACCGUCGGGGUUGGCAGAGGCAGAUAUACAACGUAUGAAGUCAGACUGAAGACCAACCUACCAAUCUUCAAGCUGAAGGAGUCUUGUGUACGGCGGCGAUACAGCGACUUUGAGUGGCUCAGAGCGGAGCUGGAGAGAGAAAGCAAGGUGGUCGUUCCACCUCUCCCAGGAAAAGCUCUUUUCCGUCAGCUUCCGUUUAGAGGAGACGACGGCAUAUUUGAUGACUCUUUCAUCGAAGAGCGGAGGCAUGGACUGGAGCAGUUUCUCAACAAAGUGGCCGGUCACCCUCUUGCUCAGAACGAACGCUGCCUGCACAUGUUUCUACAAGAUGAGAUUGUGGACAAGAGCUACACCCCGUCCAAAAUCAGACAAGCCUGAACAGAAAAAGCAAUGGCUCUUCUUGGUCUGGUCCGGUCCGGUCUGGCUCUGCUCUGCCCAUCUCAAGCCAAAGCUCUCUCCAGGUUUCUCCCAGACAAAUAAAAGUGGCAGUUUCUCCUCACAGCCCCUAAAAUCUUCUGAUUUGUUGCCUGAGUCUAAUUACUAACUCUGAUUGUUGUCACCCUUUAGUUGGAAUCAAGAAUGUUCUACACAAAGUGAUUUAUAGUUCAAUCUCUUUAUGUCUGGAAAUGCCACUAACACACACACAUAUAUAUAUAUAUAUAUAGAUAGAUAGAUAUAUAUCUAUAUAUAUAAUGUAUUUAUCAUUUAGCCAUGUCCUGAAUAUAUUAGUUUAUAUGUUAUCAUUUAUUAAAGUUUCUCUGUAUGCAAAGCUUUUGUAAUGAGCCGCAGCGUUUGCCAUCGAGGUCUGGCAUGUUGCUCAUAACUAAACACGCAUGCACACAUCUGAUGAUGGACCCUGACUCGUCUUCAAAUGGAAGCAUGUGCGUGCGCGCGUGUAUGCGUGUUUGUCACAACCAGCACCUGCCCAGUUGUCACAAUGUUUUCUAGCAAGCAAUUUACACAGAAGGAACUGCAGUAUUUCUACUGGCUUUAUGCAUUUUGAGAUUUGUAUACUGCUGUGCCAUUUUUGUUUAUUUUGAAGAUUUUCCAAUAAAAU